ACUAUUUAUGGUAACUGUUAUCGAUUAGUAUAGCAUGCUGCUAUCGAUUCAGAAUGUUCUGUAAAGUUGUUGACUAACACUGUCGUUAUAUCAUUGUUUUUAUAAUUUGUUUGUUUCACAAAAUGUUGCGGCAAAUUCUGUUAACCACAUUGGGGCGUCGAAUGGCAUUGCCUUCAAUCGCUCAAAAUCGUUUGGCCAGCAAUUUGGACAAAACGGAGUACACAACUCCGGGGGAAAUUGUUGAUUACGAUGAUCCCACGCAUUUGCCAGUUCCGGAAUAUCCUGUCCGUUUGGAUGAGCCCCUCGAAACCCGAAAGCAGCGCCUUUUGUAUCAGAGCCGAAAGCGUGGAAUGCUGGAAAACGAUCUUCUGCUGAGCACUUUUGUGGCCAAGCACCUGAAGGAUUUCAAUGCCGAUCAGACCGCCGAAUACGAUCAGCUAAUUAAUGGCGUGAGCAACGAUUGGGACAUCUUCUACUGGGCCACCGAAACAAAGCCCACGCCCCCGCAAUUCGAUACGGAGAUAAUGCGGCUGCUUAAGGAGCACGUGAAGAACCACGAGAAGGUCCAAAGGAUCAGACAGCCGGAUCUGUAGACCACUUAAUCCUAUUAACUAUUUACCACGGUAUAUAAGAAAACGUAUUAGCUGGGGCAUUACUAAACUAUUACAAUGUAAAUGGUUUCAAUAAUUUAAAUUGUAAGAUACAUUUGUCAUUUUUUUUUUAAUUGUAAAUGAUUUCUUAACCUGGCUGAGUUUAGCAUUUUUCCCCGUUUUAAUCUC